GGGGCGUUCCGGGAAGCGGCGGGACGGCGAGCGGCAAUGGCAAUGGCGCGGGGUACUCUGGCUCUCGGGCUGCUGGUGCUGCUGGCGCUGCUCGACGUGGAGGCGGCCGGUGAGGUGCCGAAGGUCGAGGUCUACGCCCGGUCACGGGCCAAGGAGGGAGAGGAGAACACCCUCCACUGCUUCGUCACUGGCUUUCACCCACCCAAGAUUGACAUCGAACUCCUGAAGAACGGGGAGCCCAUUCCCGACGUCAAGUACGGGGACCUGUCCUUCAACGAGAAGUGGCAGUUCCAGCGCCUGGUCUAUGUGCCCUUCACCCCCACAAGGGGUGACACCUACACUUGCAAGGUGGCACAUUCCACCAUGGCCGAGCCACAACUUUACCGAUGGGAACCAGACUUCUGAGCUGUCUCUGGAACAAUUCAUGGUCUGAGAAAUUCUUCUUGCAAGUCAAAGUCCUCUCAAGCUUCUCUCCAUUCUUAAUCAUAGCCACAAGAGUGAUCAACUUCCUUUCAGAAAUUCACCAGUAAGCCUUGUUAAAAAUAUCACUUAGCCACAUCAAGGCAGCUCUGCAGGCUUUUUGAGCAUGUAGCUGAAAGUGCCCAAUCACUGCUUAAAAAACAAUAGUAGCUCUUCACUGCUCCAAAUUUUGCAGGAUGUUUAUAUCUUAAUAAACUGCUAGUCCUUAAAAUGUUU